ACUACUGUAUAACAAAAGUUCGAGAUGUCAACUGGAAUCGCCCAAGGGGGGUUGAACAAAGGCAGUAGAUCCAAUGAUGAUCAUGUCGAAAACAUUCGUCCGAAAAUAUUUCCUUCUUCAUGAAAUACGAAGAGAAAGGUGAAUACGACAAAGCAUUACAGUAUUAUGAAAAGACACUUGAAAUUGAAUUGAAUUCAUCACCAUUAGAUUACUCAACAUUAGCAAUUACAUAUAACAAUAUUGGAUUCGUUUACGAUAAGAAUGGUGAAUACGAUAAGGCAUUAGAGUAUUAUGAAAACUAAUCCACACUUGCCAUUGAACUGAAGUCAUUACCACCAAAACAUCCAUCUUUAGCAACUAUCUAUAAGCAUAUUGCAUCAGUUUACGAGGAGAAAGGUGAAUACAACAAAGCAUUAGAAUAUUACGAAAAGACACUUGAAAUUGAAUUGAACUCAUUACCAUUGAAUCAUCCGUCAUGUGCAAUUACAUGUAACAAUAUUGGAUUAGCUUACCAUAAGAAAGGUGAAUACGACAAAGCAUUACAGUAUUAUGAAAAGACACUUGCCGUUGAACUGAAGUCAUUACCACCGACACAUCGAUCAUUAGCAAUUACGUAUAAUAAUAUUGCAACAGCUUACGAUGAAAAAUGUGCAUACGAGAAAGCAUUAGAGUACUAUGGAAAGACACUUGAAAUUGAAUUGAAUUCAUUACCGUUAGAUCAUGCAUCACUGGCAACUACAUAUAGGAGUAUUGCAUCAGUUUACGAUGAGAACGAUGACUACGACAAAGCAUUAGAAUAUUAUGAAAAAAUGGUGGAAAUUGAAUUGAAUUCAUCAUCAUUAGAUGAUGUAUCAUUAGCAAUUACGUAUAACAACAUUGGGUUAAUCUACCAUAAGAAAGGUGAAUACGAUAAAGCAAUAAAGUAUUAUGAAGAGUCACUCGAGAUUGCAGUGAAAGCAUUACCCUCAACACAUCCAUCUGUAGCAACUACAUGUAAUAAUAUUGCAUUAGUUUACAAGGAGAAAGGUGAGUACGACAAAACGUUGCAAUAG